AUGACAAGUUUUAAUAUAACUAAUAUCAACGCUAAUGGAUGGUUAGUUUUAUUCAAUGCACCUAACACAUUAUGUUGGAUUCGUAUUGUACUUAUGUUUGUCAGUAUUCAACGUUUUGGUCAACGUAAUUAUUUAUUAUUUAUUAUUUAUCAUACAGUAUCCGGUUUUCUUGAUUCACUUGAUGGUAUAUUAGCACGUAAUUUAAAUCAAAUAUCACUAGUUGGUAGAUAUUUUGAAUUAAUAUUAGAUUCAUAUGCACAUUUUAUAAUGUAUGCAUGUGUUGGAUUACUUUAUCCAUCAUAUAUAGUUUAUUUUUAUAUUGAAAUUGCACUUGAAUUAUGGAGUAUAAUGUUUGAUUAUCAUAUAAAUAGAUUACCAAAAUCUGAUCUAUCAUGGUUACAUAAAACAACAUUUUUAUCAACAACAUGUUCAGUAUCAAUUUAUCAUCAUCCAAAUCUUCGUUUAUUGAAUUGGUAUGGACCAGAUAUAUUUCAUACAUUAUUAGUUCUACGUUAUAUUCUAAUUAAUGAUAGCAAUAAAAAAUUGAUUCGAUAUAUUCAACGUUAUAUUACACUAAAUAAAAUUUAUUUACUUAUUAAAAUUACACUUCUUUUUACUGGAUUUUUUUCUAUACUACGUACAAGUGUAACGUCUUGUUUUCUGCUUGAUAAAUUAUAUAGAAUGGCUCGAGUAAAAUAG